UAAUAUCUUGUCUGGUUAUGUAAUGACAGUGUCUGGCGGAGAGGAGGAUCAUGCAGGAAGUUCCGAGUCCGACAUCAUGGCAGAACCCGGAGCUGGGUUUGAUGCUAAAGGCUUCGGGCUGAGGGCCCAGAAGAAACUACUAGGAAAGAUGUCCAGCAAGAAGAUUGUCAAACAAUUUGUUGACGAUACUACAAGUCAAGUUUUAGACAAUGCUUAUAGGAUAAUGAAAGACUUCACUGGUGACAAGAAACAAGCAGAAAAGUUGCUUAAGUACAUCAUAAAAACCAUCAUCAAGGUGGGCAUCCUAUACAGAAAUGAUCAGUUCAACGCUGAUGAACUGCAGGUGGCCGAAUCCUUCAAAAGCAAGUUUCACUCUCUAUCAAUGACAGUUGUUAGCUUUCAUGAAGUGGAUUUUACCUACGAGAAACCAUUCCUGAAAUCCAGCAUUGAAGAAUGUCGGCAACUUCUACAAAGUCUCAUACAACGCCACCUCACAGACAAAUCAAAAGGUCGCGUGGAUACAGUGUUUAACUUCUUCACAAAAGACGAAUUAAUGGAUGCUUUGUUUAAUCCCUCAGGGCCCCAUAAGAAGGAGAUGGACUCAAUAACUGCUGAUAUGCAUAAGAUGAUGGACGAAGGCAAUCUUUAACCAUUUGUUUUCUUAGAGAUUAGGCUGUGUUUAAAUGAGACUGUGCAGCAAUUAUAAAUGCAAUGUAAUUCAUCCUUUAUAUGUAAUCAUGUAAAGAAAGGUAUAUAGUACAUAUAUAUAAGAUUUAAGAAAAAAGUUUUACAGUAUUACAUUUAUCCAUAUGUUCAGUUUAUUACCAGACCUUUUAUUGGACAAAUUGAUCUUUUUUUGUUUUUGUUGCAAUAUCCUGUUUUCUGUAAAGAGGUUUUGUUCAUGUAUGCUGGUAUGAAUCUGUCUGAAUUGAAAUAUCUGUAUUAGGUAUUAGGUUUUACUUUUUAUACAAGUCAAUUUUUUGGAUCAAUGAUUAACAACACUCUUUUUUUGAGUUUAAAAACCUGUUAAACAUAUUUUGUCGAAUGUUUUUAAAAACAUGACUCAAGUUUUAUGAACCAUAUGAAAUCUUUUUGGAUUAUAUUGCCCUUGUUUUGUGCACUGAUAUACUGUGAAAAGAAUGACCAUAUUCUCAUAUUUGUGCCCCUAUAAGGCCCUUGUGAAAUAUUUUCCCAUUGUCUCUGAAUAUAAGGGUCCCUUUUAUUAUCUUAUCAGAUUGUCCAAGUCAACAAGCGCGAUAUAUCUUCAAAACCAUUAAAAAAUUGAAAUAUAUUUAUUCAAUGAAAAUGACCAAUGUCAUUAUUCCAUAGGAUCUGUGCAGACCAGAUUGACAAAAUCUGGAACAAUGGCCAGAAUUUUUUUUUAACAUCUUGGCUAGAGUGAUGGGAUUUUCAUAGAAAAGAAUUCAUAUAGUGAAUGUCGAAAGAUUCUACCCCUUUUAUAAAUUUCAACAGAAAAUUGGAAGAAUAUGGUAUUUUAAGCAUUAGUCAGAUGUCAUCUUGAAUAUUAAUUUACUGAUUUUUUCCAUCAAGUUUUACUUAAAAAUAACUGUUACUCUUCAUUUCAAUUAAUGUUGCUUUGUAUUGCUUGCUCUUGAGACUCUUAGAACAUUGUAGUAUAAGCAUGCGUUUUUUGUUGUAUGUCUGAUUUCAAAGCCUCAGAAUAAUGAAAGCAAGAGUAAAUUAAUUUGGUUUACAUUCCAUUGAUAUUUUUUUCAUGUUAGAAUAGGAGAUUCAAGUAUGACAAUGUGUUGUGUUCAUUACAUUGUAUAAUGCAUGAUAUGGUGCCGUACUUGUCAAAACUAGUGCUUUUUUAAAAGAUGUUAUUCAUUAAGGUUUUUAUAUUACAUUUAAAAUAUUACAUUGAUAAUCUAUUCAUCUCUAUGAACUAUUAGUUUUACAGGGUACAACAUCUUCCUAUUUUUUUUCCUUUGCACAAUAUAUUUCUGUUAUGUGUACACACAUGUAAGUAACCUAAGCAACUUUUCUCAUUAAAUGAAGAUGUUAGAUGAGGUAACUUAAUUUCCACUCGUAUGUUUAAAUUUUGUUAAAACUGUCUUCCAGCUGAUUUUGAACAUGAGAAAAAUAAUACACAAAAAGGCAUGCAGACAGAAACAGAACAGCCCAUUGUAGGAAGAGGAAGCUAUAGUGUGAUGACUAUUUUUGUAAUUGUCUAUUUUUAUAUAAAUAUGACUAGUCAUGGGCAAGUUUCUGCUCUAUUUUUGUUAUCCAUUUGAUAUAGUUUAUAAAGGAGGAAUUAUAUUUCUACAAAUUCUUAUUGUGGCAAACAUUCAGUUUAAAGCUGUAAGUGUGAUAUCAUAAACAUUAUAUUAAGUUAAACAUGUAUAGUUAGAAAACAAUAAGGGCAUGUUAUGGAAGAGAUUGUUAAUUAUCACAAUUUUUAGCAUCUGUAUGAAAUAAUUUUUUUUUUUAAAUUCUGAUUGCUGGUAGAAAUGCAAUUUAAUAAAAAUUUAAUUUAGACUACAGUUACAUUUUUGGAUUACUCAUAGAAAUUGAAUUAAAAUAUUGGCAUAUACCAUGAGAGUGUCUAAAUAAUAAUUUAUCAUAAGAGCUGUAAUUUAUCCAAACAGGUAUUUGAUAAGAAAUUUGGCUCUUGAUAGUUUGAUGUGUGUAAAAAAUCUAUUUCACAAAUUGGCAAUUUAUAAAUUAUGCUUUUAGUAAAUGUGAUAUUUCUUUGUUCAUAUGCUUAAAUUUAUAUACUUUACUCAGUACCUUAAGUCAGGCACUUGAUAGAUGGAUGUUAUAACACCCGCCCCUAGCUUCUAAGAAAUUUUAUCAGACUUUUUAAAAUUACAUUAAUUCCUAGUCAAUCAGACCUGUAUUUCGAUAUGUUAUACCGUUUUCCUCUUUAGUUCUGCAGAUUUGCCCUUUACAGUAUAUAAAAAUACUAUGUAUUAAGGUAAAUUAGGACCAAUCUUUGAAACUUACAUGUAUUGGGGGAACUUCAUACCAAUCUUUCACAGAUCUGCAUUUUUGAGGGGGGGGGGGGGGGUCUGUGUGUGUGUGUUUUUUUUUUGGGGGGGGGGCAUGUUUUGUUGGUUUAGUAUGUACAUUUAAUAACUCUGCAGAUUCCAGGAGGGUCCCACUCUAGAUAUGCGCAUGCUGGGGUUGGGGUGUUUACAUGUACUAUUCAUUUGUCAGGUGCCUGUGCUUCUAAUAAUAUUUUCAAGUCACCAAUGCUUUCCUUUUGCCAAAAUUACUUUUUAUAUCCUGCUAAAUAUUGAUGCCUUCUACAUGUAUUUAUUAACAAAUUUAUAAUCCUAUAUUCUUUAUCUUCAUUUGUAAAAGAAACAUUUUUAUUUCAUUCAGUUGGAAUAAAUUCGAUCUAUUUAAGAAUAUUUUUCAUGUUUUACUUUACAAUGCCUAUAUAUUUGUGUGGUGAAGAAGUUUGUAAAAAAGUCUCUAAGAGAAAUAAACGUUGUAUAUCAUCUAUAGAUAAGCAGUGAAUUCCAGCUUGUCAGUAUUCUCUAUGUUAAAUGACACAAAACUUAUUUCCAAGUCCUGAGUGAAAAGUUCAAAACCGAGAUAUUUUUCUCCAUGUUCAAUGUACAUGGAAUAUACAGUGAACUGUAUGAAUUUAUUUUUUAUAAUCACAGAACUUCCAAGUGAAAAGCAGAUUGUUACGAGAAAUGAAGAAUUUAAUGAACAAAACUGUAAAUAAAGUAUUUUGCUUUCUAA